GGCAUGGAAACUCUACGCUACUGUACAAGAAUUCUAGCCUAAUGCUACUGCUUGUCUAACACUCACCGAUGUUAUACACAUCUUUGCGUAGCAGCGUAUUCUCUUUCUCUCUGACCUCAAUAGUUCACAGAAUCGUUGACCAACGAUGCAUUCCUGGCUACAAUGUAGCACGUUGUUGUUGAUCCACUUCUAUCGCAGUGUUCUGAAGAGUUUGGUAUGUAAUUUGUAGGCUCGUAGAGUUCUUGUUCUGUUGUUUCGGGUUUAAUUGUUAUGGUCUUGGGGAUGGAUCGGGAGCGGGAGAGAGUAAGGGUGGAGGAGCAGUGAAUGCGAGAGAAGGUGUGAUGAAGUUUUGAUGCGGUGAGGAAUUGAUUGUAGAGGAGGAGAAGGGAAGGGGGUGAAGAUGAGAGGGGGCAGGUUCCAAGCUAAGAGCAAUGAGGAUGCCAAUGUGCGGAAUGCGGAGGCAUUGUUCGAGACUAGGACGGUCGUAGAGAUCCGUGAAGUGGAAGCUCACACGCGCGAUGAGAUCGAGGAGAAGAAAGAGGAGCUGCGGCAACUCGUGGGUGCCAGUUAUCGCGACUUGAUCGAGUCUGCGGAUUCGAUUUCGCUCAUUAAGCAGUCAUGUCAGGCAGUAGUGGCCAACAUUGGCAAGAUGGAGGGGGGAUUCGAGGAUUUGAAGCGGAGUGUGACUGUGAAUGUCUUGACACCUGCUGCGGAUAUCGAGCGAAAGAGGAGAGGGAGCCUGUACGAAGUUGGCUCUAGGGUUAAGUAUCUCGUGGAUACGCCAGAAAAAAUCUGGGGGUGUCUGGACGAGCAUAUGUAUUUGGAGGGUGCGGAGCGGUACUUGAGAGCCAAGGAAGUGCACUCGAUUUUAACUGGGAUUGGAGCAAAGGAGGAGCUGCUUGGGAGAUUUCCGCUGCUGCGCCAGCAAUGGACCUUGAUUGAGAGGUUUCGUGGGCAAAUUUCGAAGCGUAGCAAGGAUAGAUUGCAGGAGCCGGGAUUGAGUCUUGUAAAUUAUGCGGUUGCUUUGGCCGCUUGCGGCAUCAUUGAUGAGCUUAAUUCCUCGCAGGUCUUCGCUCUGUCUCUGGAAUCGUGCAAGUUGUGGUUAAGGUCGCACCUGCGUGCUUGGGUGCAGGGUAGGAAUUCUGGGGAUAAUAGAGAAGGGAUUGAUAUUGCGACGGAUGUAGCGACUUCCCUUUGCAAGUUGAUGCAUAUGAUUCAGACCUCCGUGUGCCAAAUCGGGGUGUUGUUUUUGGAGGUUUCGACUGGAAAGAUGCCCCUGCUUUACAGUACUGUCCUGGCAGCUCCGCCCGGUUCACAGCUCUUUGGAGGUAUCCCUAAUCCCGAAAUGGAAGUGGCGGCGUGGAAGAAAUAUAGAGAGAAGCUCGAGAGCAGCAUGGUCUCUUUGACAGGAUCAUACAUUUCGGAUGCCUGCGUGUGGUGGCUUAAGGAUUGCGCUGAAGAAAUUGCUGUAGAAUCGCGACCACUGAUAGCGCUGCUAAAAACGGGUAAGGGAUUGGCUGAUGUCGAGAGCCUGGUACGCGAUGGUAUGAAUAAACAGGAUGCAUUAGCAGAGAGCCUUGACUGGCUGCAAGGCACUUUUGGAAAAUUCAUAGACUCUCCAUGGGACUGUUUAUGUGAGCUCCUUUUGAAGGCUCCCACAAAUCUAUGGGACAAGUUAUUUGAGGAAUUGUUUACCAACCAAAUGAAGGUGAUUAUAAACGGGGGUUUCGAGAAAAUCAACGUGAAGGAGAUGAUCGAUAAUUGCCUAGAGGUAAUAGGACCAACUGCUGCCGUAGAAGGCACUAAGAAGAAGCAAGUGUCAACGGCAGAUGCAAGUAGAAUCGUUCUCCAAGAGUUGGAUCCUAAUUACGACGGAAAGCUACAUUGGAAAUCUGGCAAUGUAGAGACUGAGUGGGAUGGUGACGCCCGAUUCUUCUUCACUCCAGAAGUCACGAAUGUGAGGCACAAAGUAGACGAAAGUCUGAAUUUGAUACUUCAGGACUUAGUAAGCUUUUUGCAAGGGCCUCACAUGCAGGUAAGAACUGAUUUAGUAGCGCCCUAUCUACAGGAACAAUGUUUCAGGUGGGUAUCUUCUACAACCUUGGUCAUUGAAACUCGGCUUUUGAAGCUUUCGGAAAAUAUGGCAAAAGCAGCUACGGAAGCAUUGAAUCUGAGUGUGGAGAGUCCAAAACAAGUGUUGGAAGUCAAUUCGCAUAGUAGACCUGUCAGUAAAAGUGGUAUCAACAUUCACGCAUCCAAGACAGGAAAUACUUCUAAGGUGUUUGAACAAGCUUUAUUCCUGGGACGACUUUCUGCAGCAUUAGGAGAGCAUUCUACUUCUCUGCCUUCCCUUUUGGGGUCCUCAUCAUGGAACACUCCUCUUCGUCAAACCUCAACCAAGGUUCCGUACCAAAUGACGAGGCAAUCAUUGUGGUCUGAGACAAACUCUAGUUUUGAGGGUUCUGUAAAGCGGUCUUCCAGAAGAGGAGUCAGAGAUACGUCACUGCCAACUUCUGAUGAUGGAGGAGCAAAAUUGCGGGAAUUGCGAAGUGGAUUAAGACAGCAGAGCAUUGCUGCCCACCAGAUUUGGAUUCGUUGGAGCACUGAUAAUUUGUCUGGCAAUCUCUUGAGAGAUCUGCAUCUAGAUGAAUGCUUGUCGACUCUCACACCUCUCAAGGGAUGGGAAGAGACUGUAAUCAAGUCCAUUGGAGACGAAGCCGAAGAAGUGGACGCGCAUAUAUCAGUGCCAGCUAUGCCGUCACCUUACGUCGUUGCAUUCUUGUUCGCUGGUUGCCAAAAGAUCCAUCGGAUUGGUGACCAUGUUCUAGAUAGAGCUGUUUUGGAGUUGUUUGCUUGGGAACUUUUAGAGAAGGUUUUGAUAAUAUAUGAGAAGUUCAUGUCUCAUCUCUCGUUCAUGAACUCGCGUGUGUCAGAGAAAGGCUUGCUGCAGCUCCUUUUUGACCUUAAGUUUCUAGCAGAUGUACUUUCAGGAGGUGAAGAGGUUCGUAUAGAAAGCUUAAGUGUAAUUGGGACUGAGGAUCUGACUCCUUCCUCUGCAUUGAAGAAAGCUACGAGUUUGAAAGCAGACAUUGGCCGUAAGAGAUGGGUCGACAAAUUGCUAAAUGAUUUACAUAAUCGCAUUGAUCCUAUUGAUUGGGCUACGUAUGAGUCGUACUUGUGGGAGCAAGAGCGGCGAUAUUAUCGAAGUUGUGCAGUGCUUUUUGGAUCCCUCAUCCAGCUGAAACGUCUUCAUACCGAUGUUCCACAGAAACUUAUGUCUACUGGAGACUCUAACACACUCAACAUGUCUGCAACUGUCCCACGUUUUACUUACCUUCCUAUCAGCGAUGAUGUCUCUACAUUUUCCUUGUCCGAUUCACCAUCUCAGAAUUCUCAAGGAUCUGCCAAGCUGCUGCAGCAACUCAUGGGAGUGGGAACCAAGCUUGGAGAGGGAACGCUUGGGAAGCUACUCAGUGAUGGACAAGUGAAUCGCUUCAAAGACAAAUCUGCUGCAGCUAUUUCUACGUUUGGUGAUAUGCUACCAGCGCAAGCAGCGGGACUUUUCUCCUCCAUUGGAAGUGCAAUGAAACAAGAUUCCCAUAACACAAUUUAUUACUAGGUGUUACAGGAAGUAUCGCCUCGUGAAGGGAAUUGUUUCAUGUGCAUCCUUUCACUAAGGUUCCCUGCAUGAGACUGCACAAAUCCUGGAACUUCAGUCGGGGUGCAUCUUCAGAUGUUCUAUAUUAGGAGCAUGUAUAUGUCGAUAACAAAUUCCGGAUGCUCAGCAUGAAGGAAAUUGAAAGACACUAGGAUUUGGAGAUUGAAAGACACUAGGAUUUGGAGGGUUACUGGCAGAAAUGAAAUUGUUAUUGAUGUUUUGUGGAAAUGUCCACGUGUUUUGGGGGACGUUUAUAAGUAGUGGAUCACUGGAUUAAUCGUGAAAUAUUACGAUUCUAAUCGCAAUGCAGGUUAUCUUGGCUGCAGUUGACAAACCAUGAAACAUAGAUUCUAAGUGCAAGGCCAACCUUGUGACACAGUCAGUAUCCUCUGCAAAGACCCCAAAUAUAUUUUGAUUGAAGAACAUAAGACUAAUCAUUUUCCGAUU